GAUGAUCGAAGCCUUGAGGAGGAGGAGGUCGAGGAGGGAGGGUGAGGUGCGGACUGGACCACAGUGCUCUUCAUACUGGCGGCGGCGUCACACGUCUCAGUAGCACUGUAAACACACUUGACUCGUCUCCGUACUGUAGUAUAGGCGACGAGGGCGUUGAAGGACGUCAAAGACAGCCCCAUAAAGAACAGGCAGUAGCGCCAGAAGAUGGGUCCAAAAGCUAACAGGAUAAUGUGGAUGAUCCCGAUGUUGGCGUGGGUGCUGGACAAGCUACCCUCGUACCUCCCGUACGACGAAGGGCCGCCCAUAAACAGGGUAGACCUCCUAAGCGAGUACGACUUCAUCGUCGUGGGUGGCGGGACUGCGGGGAGCGUAAUGGGUGCCCGGCUGAGCGAGGACCCGGAGGUUACUGUCCUGGUGGUGGAGGCGGGGGGUCAGGAGACUCCGCUCUCAGAGGUGCCUGGACUGGCUGCUAACCUUCAGCUAUCAGACAUGGACUGGCAGUACCGCGCAGCGCCAUCAGAGACAGCCUGUUGGGCUAUGUACGAUCACAGGUGUAACUUGCCGCGGGGUCGGGUGAUCGGCGGGUGUAGCAGCAUCAACUACAUGCUCUACGUCAGGGGCAACAAGAGAGACUACGACAACUGGGAACAACAAGGCAACACUGGCUGGGGCUACAAGGAUCUCCUCCCGUUCUUCAAACUCUCUGAAGAUAACAUUGACAGUUAUGCUGAUCCCAAAUUCCACAAUACCGGAGGCUUCCAGACGGUAGGUAAAGCCCCCUGGACGACGCCGCUGGCACAGGCGUUCCUGGAGGCGGGUUCAGAGCUCGGGUACGAGGUGCGCGACAUAAACACCGACCGUCAGACCGGCUUCAUGACGCCGCACGGCUUCAUCAGGCGAGGCGCCCGCUGCUCCAACGCAAAAGCCUUCCUGCGACCAGCCCGGCGCCGUCCCAACCUUCACGUGGCUCUCAACAGCUUGGUCGUAAAGCUGUUGAUAAGUAGAGAUGAUAACUCUACUUCCGGCGUGAUAGUGGACCAGCAGGAGAAGAAAGGCGUCGAGGUGAGGGCGAGGCGCGAGGUGGUGGUGUCUGCCGGAGCGAUCAACACGCCACAGCUGCUGAUGCUGUCCGGCAUUGGUCCGGCCCAGCACCUGGCCAGACACGGCAUUCACGUCAUCGCUGACCUCCCCGUCGGUCAGAAUCUCCAGGACCACAUCGCAGGCGGCGUGAUCUUCAGCGUGGAGGAGGCGGUGUCCUUGCUGUCUGACCGCCUACAGAACUUUCCGGCGGUGCUGAGGUACAGCCUGGCGGGCACGGGGCCCCUGACCACCUUGGGGGGCGUGGAGGGCAUCGCCUUCAUAAACACAAAGUACAGCGACCCGAAGAUAGACUGGCCAGACAUAGAGCUGCAGUUCCUGGCGGGUUCUCACGGUUCUGACGAAGGGGCGCACCUGAGGGUGGCCAUGGGUCUGCAGGAGACGUACUGGACCAACUACUUCUCGCACCUCAGCAACACGGACCACUUCACAGUCAUGGCACUUCUCUCCAGACCAAAGAGCAGAGGCCACAUCCUUCUCAACUCCGCCAGUGCUUACGACCACCCAAAGAUAGUGUUGAACUACCUGACGCACGCAGAUGACGUACGGGUCCUGGAGGAGGGAAUUCACUUUGCCAUUCGGGUUGGCAAUUCUACCGCUUUCAAAAAGUUCGGCGCGAAGCAGUUCACGCACCCAGUGCCAGGGUGCGAGGGCCUGGUGGGGAGUGACUACUGGCACUGCAACUUGAAGUAUCUGACCUACACCAUCUACCACUACUGUGGCACUGCCAAGAUGGGACCAGUUUGGGACCCCACAGCUGUCGUCGACCCCCAGCUCAGGGUGUACGGAGUGUCGAAGCUGCGGGUGGUGGACGCCUCUGUGUUCCCGACCAUCCCUACAGGCAACACCAACGCCCCGGUUACAGCCUUGGCAGAGAAGGCCGCCAACAUGAUAAGAACUCACUGGGCCUCUUAUCUCGUACCUGCACCUCCACUUGUAAAGCCAGGCUCUUCUACCACCAACGGAUACGACUCUACCAACGAGACGAUCACCAGGGACCGCGGCGAGGAGCUCUGACCUGACAGUGGCGCGUCACUUCUCCAAGUAACCUGCGAGUGUUGUGCUGGGUGGUGUUGACGGUUACAGUGGUGGCGGCGCCCUUCCUCGUCCACCUGCCACCCCCACCUCGCUCCUCCAGACCUUGCCACGAACUCCACCACUCUUACCUUCUUGAUUUUAAGAAUUUUAAAUAAAAGUUUGUUGCA